AUGCUCCCCAAAGGAGAAGAAGCAGGGGCCCAGGGCUGGCAUCUGGACAUGCAGCUGACGGGCAAGGUGGUGCUGUCUGCUGCUGCCCUGCUCCUGGUGACCGCAGCCUACAGGCUGUACAAGGCAAGACCUGCCCAGGCCCCACUGGGGGGUGGGAACGCCAAGGCUGAGGCCGAGGAGGAGGCAGAGGGCUCCAGGCAGCCUGCCAUCCAGGAGGCUAUUUCCGGGGCGCCACAGUGGGGCCUGAGACGCCGGAGGGGAAGCAAGGGGGCCGGAGUACCGCCGGGCUGCAGCUGGGAGAAUCCGGAGGGCUCCGGAGUCCUGGCGACAGGAGCGUCUCCUGCAGACUCAGAUGCCCGAGAGACUGGGAAACCCGAGAGGAAACGUGCUGGGGAGGAGCAGGGUGGACAGAACCCAGACUCUGGCCUGGCACCUCCUCGGUGCAGUGGCCAGGAACCCGGAACAGCUGUAGGCGGUAAGCUGCCCCGUUGCCCCGAUCGGUGCGGUGAGCCCCACAGCUCCCUAAUUGGCCUCGCUGCAGCGGACAGCAGCGGUGUGAGAGGUGAGCUUGCUCCGUGGCGGGACAGCAGAUCGCAGGAGCAGCUGGGGGCCGGAGAGCAGGAACCCCCCGAGCGGUGCUGGGCGGCCCACACAGAGCGCAAGAGUGACAUGAACAAGAGCUGGGUCUUUACCCGUGUGACAGGGGUCCACAGGGCAGAGGCCGGGGCCCUCCGGGCUGCCUCGGACAUGGGCCUGGCCCUGCGUCAGCAGGAGGGAGCCACCGAGGCCUCCUAUACCUUCUUGUCUGUGGCCCGGGUUCGAGUGGAGGAGAAUUUCAUACCGGAGAAGAUGGAGGGGACCAGGCUCAGGCUGAAGCGCAAGGUGUACGAUUACAGUGUUGAAUCCACCUGUCAGGCCACCUCCAGGGGCAGGCUGGCCCCCAGAACGGCAGCCCUGGCGGAGGCUCCACCCCCUGUGUCAGGGCCACGCCCCCUGGGAGUGGGGCCAGCCUCGGGAGGCCAGGCCGAUGACAGAGAAGGUGGAGUGGGGACAGCUGCCCCCCCCCAGCCUGUGCUGUCACCCUCCACACAAGGCUUCAGCAGGAAGCAGAGCCUCGUUCAGAUCGUGGAGAACCCAGAGCUUCAGCUGCAGCUCGAUGGCUUUGGGGACCCUGCUCCAUCGGGCCCAGACCAGAGCGCCCUGCCCACCGGCCCCAUAUCCCGGGGUUCCCUUGGGUCCAGCUCAGCUGGAAGCAGCGGGAAGCCCCACAUGCACUUUGUGGCUGGGGCCAAUUUCUUUCACCUCCCGCUCAGCCCUGGAUCCGCCCCAGACGUCCACCUGGACCUGGGCAAUUGUUAUGAGGUGCUGGCCUUUGCCAAGAAGCAGAGCCUGGAGGCCCUGAAGGAAGCCGCCUACAAGGUGAUGAGUGACAACUACCUCCAGGUCCUGCGCAGCCCGGACAUCUACGGGUGCCUGAGUGGAGCCGAGCGGGAGCUGAUCCUCCAGAGACGGCUCCGGGGCCGCAAGCACCUGGUGGUGGCCGACAUGUGCCCCCAGGAAGACUCCAGCCGCCUCUGCUGCUACGACGACGAGCGGGAUGUCUGGCACCCGCUGGGCCGUCUGCCCCCUGAGGCUGUGUCCCGGGGCUGUGCCGUCUGUAGCCUCUUCAAUUAUCUCUUCAUCGUGUCCGGAUGCCAGGGGUUUGGGCACCAGCCCUCCAACCGCGUCUUCUGCUACAACCCGCUGACGGCCAUCUGGAGUGAGGUGUGCCCUCUGAACCAGGCCCGCCCUCACUGCCGGCUGGUGGCCCUGGAUGGACACCUGUACGCCAUCGGGGGUGAGUGUCUGAAUACGGUGGAAUGCUACGACCCUCGCCUGGACCGCUGGACCUUUUCCCCGCCGCUUCCCAACGACACCUUUGCCCUGGCGCACACAGCCACGGCGUGUGCCGGAGAGAUCUUCGUCACCGGCGGCUCCCUGCGCUACCUGCUGCUCCGAUUCUCGGCCCAGGAGCAGCGCUGGCGGGCCGGCCCCACUGGGGGCGGCAAGGACCGUACAGCCGAGAUGGUGGCGGUCAAAGGCUUUCUCUAUCGCUUUGACCUCAACCGCAGCCUGGGCAUCAGCGUGUACCGCUGCAGCGCCAGCGCCCGCCUCUGGUACGAGUGCGCCACGUAUCGGACCCCUUACCCGGACACCUUCCAGUGUGCCGUGGUGGACGACCUCAUCUACUGCGUGGGGCGCCAGCGCACCCUCCGCUUCCUGGCAGACUACGUCUCACCCAGGUUUGUGCCCGAGGAGCUACAGAGCUUCCCCUCCCCUCAGGGCACCCUCCUGCCCACCGUCCUGACCUUGCCCGGCCCUGAUGUGCCCCAGACCAGGGUCUAG